UCUGGGCUCUUCUCUCCAGCACAUGGUGAUGAGUUUCCGAGUGUCUGAGCUCCAGGUGCUCCUUGGCUUCGCCGGCCGGAACAAGAGUGGACGGAAGCACGAGCUCCUAGCCAAGGCCCUGCACCUCCUCAAGUCCAGCUGUGCCCCCAGUGUCCAGAUGAAGAUCAAAGAGCUUUACCGCCGCCGUUUUCCCCGAAAGAGCCUGGGGCCCUCUGAUUUCCCGCUGCUCUCCUUGCCCCCUGGCGCCUCUCCUGUAGGCUCCCCAGGCUCUCUACCUCCCAUCCCUCCCUCCCUUUUAACCCCUGGCACCUUGCUGGGCCCUAAGCGGGAGGUGGACCUGCAUCCUCCUCUGCCCCAGCCUGUGCACCCCGAUGUCACCAUGAAACCGCUGCCCUUCUAUGAAGUCUAUGGGGAGCUCAUCCGGCCCACCACCCUCGCGUCCACCUCCAGCCAGAGGUUUGAGGAAGCACACUUUACCUUUGCGCUCACCCCGCAGCAGGUGCAGCAGAUCCUCACGUCCAGGGAGGUUCUGCCGGGAGCCAAGUGCGAUUAUACUAUACAGGUGCAGCUAAGGUUCUGUCUCUGUGAGACUAGCUGCCCGCAGGAGGACUAUUUCCCCCCUAACCUCUUUGUCAAGGUUAAUGGGAAACUCUGCCCCCUGCCGGGUUACCUCCCCCCAACCAAGAAUGGAGCUGAGCCCAAGAGGCCCAGCCGUCCAAUCAACAUCACAUCCCUGGCUCGGCUCUCGGCCACGGUUCCCAACACCAUUGUGGUUAAUUGGUCAUCUGAGUUUGGACGGAAUUACUCCUUGUCUGUGUACCUGGUGAGGCAGCUGACGGCAGGGACCCUUCUACAAAAACUCAGAGCGAAGGGCAUCCGGAAUCCAGACCAUUCCCGGGCACUGAUCAAGGAGAAAUUGACCGCUGACCCCGACAGUGAGGUGGCUACUACGAGUCUGCGGGUGUCACUCAUGUGCCCGCUAGGGAAGAUGCGCCUGACUGUCCCGUGCCGCGCCCUUACCUGUGCCCAUCUGCAAAGCUUCGAUGCUGCCCUUUAUCUACAGAUGAAUGAGAAGAAGCCAACGUGGACAUGUCCCGUGUGCGAUAAGAAGGCUCCCUAUGAAUCCCUUAUUAUCGACGGUUUGUUCAUGGAAAUUCUUAAUUCCUGUUCGGAUUGUGAUGAGAUCCAGUUCAUGGAAGAUGGAUCCUGGUGUCCAAUGAAACCUAAGAAGGAGGCAUCUGAGGUUUGCCCCCCGCCAGGGUAUGGGCUGGAUGGCCUCCAGUAUAGCCCAGUCCAGGAGGGGAAUCCAUCAGAGAAUAAGAAGAGGGUUGAAGUUAUUGACUUGACAAUGGAAAGCUCCUCAGAUGAGGAAGAUCUGCCCCCAACCAAGAAGCACUGCCCUGUCACCUCGGCCGCCAUCCCCGCCCUUCCUGGAGGCAAAGGGUAUGAGGAAAGAGUCCUGACAUCUGGUCACCAGCCAUCUUCGGUGCUGCGAAGCCCUGCAAUGGGCACCCUGGGCAGCGAUUUCCUGUCCAGUCUCCCACUACAUGGGUACCCACCUGCCUUCCCACUGGGGGCCGACAUCCAAGGUUUAGAUUUAUUUUCUUUCCUUCAGACUGAGAGUCAGCACUACGGCCCUUCUGUCAUCACCUCGCUAGACGAACAGGACACCCUCGGCCACUUCUUCCAGUACCGGGGAACCCCUUCCCACUUCCUGGGCCCACUGGCCCCCACACUGGGGAGCUCUCACCGUAACACCACUCCAGCACCCCCUCCUGGCCGUGUCAGCAGCAUUGUGGCUCCCGGGAGUUCCUUGAGGGAAGGGCAUGGUGGACCCUUGCCUUCAGGACCCUCUUUGACUAGCUGUCGGUCAGAUGUCAUUUCCUUGGAUUGAGUUACUUGGAUUACGAAACCUUCACUGCCCCCCAGCACUGAGCAGAUGUGCUGCGGGUUCCCAACCCCUGGCUACCCUGAUCCCUCAGGGGUCUUUGGCCAGAGGCCUUCAUGGAUACGUACUUUUGGUCUUAUCUCUGCCUAAUAAGGCCGGUACUCAAAGGGUUAACAUUUAACCUGUUUUAAAGGGUGUUGGGGUCUGUUUUUAGAAGUAUUUUGGUGGUUGCACAUUCCUUUGGGUAUGGUGACCUAGGCAGUGGGAGGCAGAUAGAGAGGGAGCUGAAGGAAGAGGGGGAUCCUCAGCCUUACCAGAUCUACAGCCUUCUCGGGGAAAGGGCACUUUGCUGGCCCCCAAGAUGCCUUCCCUUCCCAAACCUGUCUGUCCUAUUCAUGUUCAUUCCGUUCUCUUUGGCCACACAGGUGGCAGGCAGAUCUGAGACAUGAAGCUUCAGAGAUGGACAGAGAACUCUAUUUUGGGUUGCAGAUUUCUUUUUUGUACAUAAACAAGAAA